ACCCCAAAACAAAGUAUCGCGUGAAGAGGCAAGGCGAGAUCACGGUAUUGGGACUUGGGAGGGCUGCAUGGAGAGCCCAAAAGACAAAACAAAAGCUGCACAUUUCAACCGUCAGGCGCUGGUCGCUUUUUCUUAUUUUGUAAAUCUGAACAAACCUGAUUUCUUAGUCUUAUCGAUUUCUGUGUAACAGCAAUAUCAAUAAAGUUCUGGAUCAUGCCCAGUAGCACUUCUUUGCUGGAGGCCGAUGAGGGAGAGUCCGAGGUCCCACCGCCGCUAGUGCACGCUUUCGCCGGUAUAGGCCUCGAUGAGCACCACGGUACUCAGAACCAGAGCCCCGAACAAGUGGAUGAAAGUCUGUCCUUUCACCACAACCACCACCAGGUUUCUCACUUCAACCUCCUCGGUACGGUGUUAGACUUGAAACCAUUGCCUCUGAACCGGCCGCCCUCGGGAGACGAGAUGAAGACGGCGCCCGAGGACGAAGAGCCGGAGGUCGCAGCCGUCGUCGACUCCCCCUCGGUUAGCGCCGGCAACUCGUUGCUAGCGCAGGCCCACCGCCACAAACACCUGCCGCCGGGGCCGGCGGUGAUGCCGUCCAGGAUGGAGCACAUCGAGACGGUCUUGUUGUACAACGGAGGGGAGCAGGAUGAUGCCACCGCGGUCAGCGGCAGCGCCCUACUACCGUCUAGCGGCAUGGCGAUGCUGCCGCCCGGCGUGUUCGCGGAGCCCGGGUACGAGGCCGAAGCGUCGCUGUUGGCCCGGCGAAAGAGCGUCAACACCACCGAGUGUGUGGCCGUGCCGAGUUCCGAGCACGUCGCGGAGAUCGUGGGCAGACAGGGCUGUAAGAUUAAGGCACUGAGAGCCAAGACCAACACCUACAUCAAGACACCAGUGAGAGGGGAGCAGCCCGUCUUUGUUGUGACAGGACGCAAAGAAGAUGUGGCCAUGGCCAAGAGGGAGAUCUUAUCUGCGGCCGAGCACUUCUCCCUCAUCCGAGCGUCUCGUAACAAGACGGGCACUCUGGCUGCUGCGACUGGUCCUGGGAUGCCUACUCUACCUGGACAGACGACCAUUCAGGUGCGGGUACCCUAUCGUGUUGUUGGGCUGGUUGUGGGUCCAAAAGGGGCAACCAUCAAGCGCAUCCAGCAACAGACCCACACUUACAUUGUGACACCGAGUCGAGACAAAGAGCCUGUAUUUGAGGUCACUGGGAUGCCAGAAAACGUUGACCGGGCCAGGGAGGAAAUCGAGGCACAUAUUGCCAUGCGCACGGGGACCGGUGGGGGUAUAGAGGCUCCAGGUGUAGACAACAAUGAUUUUCAAUACAACGGGACAGAUGUCAGCUUUGAGAGUUCGGCAGCAUCAAUGGGGUUAGGGAAGCCCGGGUGGCUCCACGCUAAUGCAACAUCAUCGGGUGGCAGUGGCUUGUUGCCAGUGAGCAUCAAUGGUGGCCAGCCAGUCAAUAGCAAUAUCAAUAGUGGCGUCAGGAUGUCUUCCAACUACCGCAACGACAGCUCCAGUUCACUCGGCAGUGGCUCCAGUUCCGCUGAUUCUUUCUAUGGCGGUGGGAAUGCUAACCGGAUGGCAGAUUUCAGCCCAACCUGUUCGUAUAAUGCCAAUGCUAACAACAACAGUCGUAAUUCUGGCACUCCAGCUUUGUGGUAUGGCGAAAACCUUCUUCCUGUGGGGUCUGAGGAGCUGGUCAGCUUGGGAGGUGGAGGUGGAGGAGGAGGAGGAGGAGGCUCCUCCUCAGGUUUUGACCCAUUAACCAUCUCUACUGCCCAAUCCUCACACCCUGCUGCACAGACGCAUGUCUGGAGCUCCCUUGUGGACCACCAACCCCUCCAGGCCUUUGAUGUUCUUCAGUCUCAGACCAGUCAGCCUGGGACACCCCGGCUCUCUCCAACCUUCUCUGGGACAGAAGCGCUGGAGCACCCUCAGGCUCAGCGUGUUCAUCGAGGGCCUUUAGGCUCAGCUGGGACCCUCGAUACCCAAAGGUUCCCCUCUUACAGCUCGGCCUUCUCCUCUUCCAGUGAAAGCACUGCCUCCUCUUCCUCGCCUCCUGACUCCUCCCUCUUCUACCGACCAGGGCUCGGAUCAGCCGCGGGGAGAGGACAAGAGAUAUGUAUUCACUGUAUGGAUAACCAGGUGAUCGCUGCCUUGGUUCCCUGUGGCCAUAACCUCUUCUGUCUAGAUUGUGCCACCCAGAUAUGCCAGUGUCCAGAAGCUGUUUGUCCUGUGUGCCUGUCCCCCGUCACGCAGGCCAUUCAGCUCCGCAACAUGUGAUUUUUAAUCCAUUCACCUCAGCGGUUGAUGAGGGAUCAGCCUCCCCCAACACUACACUUUUUUUUUGUGUGGGGAAAUUACAAAACUGACCCUUGGAUUAGCGUAGAGGUUUUGUUGAAGCUGGUGUUGACAAAGGUGAGGGAGAGUAGGUGAGUAAAGUGUGAUCUUUGUUCAGGGCAUGGGUUUGGCUCUUGAGCCCAUUCAUGUGCUUGAAAUUGUGAAGUCUUCUUCCUUGACUGAUUGAUCAAUCGGAGGGUGUUAUAAGCCCCCUAUGUAGCAUUGGGUGGGGUGGGACAUCAUUUUUUUUUUUUUCACAUUGCAAUUUUUGAUUUCCAUUUUCGUCACCCUAAUUUCAACUUUUUGCCUACCUAUGUUUUAUUGAUUUAAAAUUUUAUUUUUCUAGAACAUUUAAAACCCUUUUAGAACUCUAGGAAACUCCAUAAUGUUGGCUUUUUUUUUUGUUUACAUCUCAAACGUAAAAAAACUAAACGCAUUUGCUGCUACAAUUGUCAUUCUUGCCCCUUUUGCCCCCUAAUUUUGCUCAUGGCAAAAAAAUCACACAGGACAUUUUGAGGUGAGCAUGUUUACAUAUACCCAGUCACAAAUUGAUUGUCGUUCUUUUUGCGACCGCAGCAUUUGAAUGCCACAGUAAACAUGCUACGUCACCCUAACACAUGCUAACUCUGUCCCACAUAAUUUGCAUAUAGUAUAGUUACAGUUAUAUUACUCUGAAUAGGACAUGUUUACAUGCUCAAGAUAGUUAAUGAGCAUAUCAUACUCAUACAAAUGCACCCAAAUGUUUUUUUUAAACCAAGUGAGUUAAAGCCACACUUGGCAAACUUGUCACUUCCACCCUGGUAGCGCCUUGUUGCCGCUGGGUUUCUUUCUUUCCCAGAUUGAAGCCAGUACCAGGACGUUGCACCACUUCAGUUACCACCGUGUUGCUUUCUAUUUCUAAAUGUUUACGGUAAACUUGUGCCUAAUUCCAAGUAAGCAUAAAGAAACAAAUGUUCCGGCGAUUACACAGCAUUGCUCUGUCUUAAAAAAAACAAAAACAAACGUGUGGCCUUUUGUGAACGCCUGUAAUUAUAACUGACGACACUAAGUCCAAUAAGGAACACGAGCUGAAAGUCAGACUGAAGUCUUAACAUUCACCCUCUUACAUUCAUUGUUGUGAAUCAAAGAUUCUCUGUUGCUUCCUAUUCUGUAGAGCAUUUCACGAGUAUUAUACAGCUUUUUUUUUUAAGAAUGAAC